AUGAUCGACUUUGUGGGAAUCGUGUUCGCGAUAUUUAUCAUCGUUUGUGGCGUCGUUGCCUAUCUACGAGCAGGUUUUGUUGUAUUUCUGUACGCUGGAUUGAGUUUCGGUGUUGCUAUCGGUGUCGGUGCCUGGUGCAAUUCGCUACAGAAGCCGUUCCCAUACGUUCAACUGUUCGUUCUCUCCGUGCUGAUCAUCGCUAUGCUCAUACGAUACUACAAAACUAAAGCAUUUAUGCCACCAGGCCUGAUACUGCUGCUGUCGCUGUGCGUCACGCUGUGGACGGUUUUCGUGUAUGGCGAUUUCUUCAGCUCGAACGAUGAACCGGUAUCGAAGUUUGAGACGAACAAGGUGCACAUUCAGUUCGACGGUGAGAAAUUCAAGAUAAAAUCGUGA